AUUUAUGCAUUCUAGUAACUACAAUUGGGAUAAUAGUAGUAUACAUUCAACAAAAAUUCGCACGUUUAUCCGCAGAACAAAUUGAGGAAAAUACUUAACAAGUCGACCAUCCAGGUCACUGCAAACUGCAAUUUGACGGCUGCGAAGCCGUUAAGCGACUCAGCAUAGAUUUUUUAAAUGUUUGUAAUCAAGAUCCUGGGCUGUGAUAAAACCGGGACGUCCGCGAUAUUUGCACACAGUGCAUUGCGAAUCGCAUCCACGUGCGAAUCAUUACCGUUGAAGACAUGAAGCAUUUAGGGGUAAUUGUGUUGGUUUGCAUUGUGGGAUUAGGUCGGGCGGAGGAAGAUAAGGAAUUUUGGUGGGAUAUUCUGGUGUAUAAGGACGCGUUGGAAUUUGUUCGAGGUUGCGGUGGCAGGGAGCUCGGUUUGUGUGUUAAGGAGCGCGCUCUCAGAUACUUGGACAACAUGCCCACCAACAUGGAUCUGGGCGGGGGUUUAAAGAUACGGGGUAACCGAGCGGAAAGGAACUCCAGACAGACGGUCGACUUGCCGAGCGAUUUGCGGGCCAGGGAGGAAGCCGUCGAGAAUAUGCUGUGGGAGAGCGUCGUUAACUUCAUGAGAACGCACACGUUCGAGUUCAAGAUACCCGACGAGGCCAUUAACGAUUUGUUGGGAAAGCCGGUCGAAGAAGCUCGGAAGAAAAAAGGCGGCGGUGGCGGAAUGAGGAUGAAGACGAUGCUACUCUUGCUGCAGCUCAAGGCUGCGACCAUCGGAGCCAUAGCUUUGAAGUUGAUUGGUUUGAUAGCUUUCAAGGCUUUGGUAAUUGCUAAGAUAGCGUUUACGAUUGCCAGUAUAAUCGCUUUGAAAAAGUUGCUCGAAUCGAAACAUCACACGUCGACUUACGAAGUCGUGGCUCAUCCGCAUUACGAGGAGCACGGGCAUUUCGAUAGAUCGUUCAAUAGUUUUAACCCGCAGGAUUUCGCUUAUAGGUCCUAUAAUGCUUUAGGUGGGAGAAGUAGUAAUUAA